AUGGCGGCGCCCGAGGCGCGCACGGUGCUGGUGCGGGGCCUCCCCGCCGGAGCCACCGCCGCGCUCCUGGAGCGGCUCUUCGGGCACCUGGGGCCGCUCCGCCGCUGCUUCGUGGUCACCGAGAAGGGCUCCCCGAAGUGCCGCGGGUUCGGGUACGUGACGUUCUCCCUGGCCGAGGACGCGGCGCGGGCGCUGCGGGAGCCGCCGGAGCUGGGCGGGCACCGCCUGCCCGUGAGCCCCGCCCGGCCGCGGGCCCGGCCCGCCCCGAGGGGCGCGGACACCCCCGGGGCGCGGGGGGAGCAGGGGGAGGCGCCCCCGGGACCCCCCCGCGCCAAGAGGCCGCGGGCACCCUCCCGCAAGGCGCGGCUGAUCCUGCGCAACCUCAGCUUCCAGUGCUCCGAGGAGGAGCUCCGGGCUCUCUUCGCCCCCUUUGGCCCCGUGGUGGAGCUGAACCUGCCCCGCAAGCCUGACGGGACCCCGAGGGGCUUCGCCUUCGUCCAGCUGCGGAACCUGCGCGAGGCGGCGGCGGCGCUGCGGGGGCUCAACGGGGCCCAGCUCAAAGGGCGGCCCCUGGCUGUGGACUGGGCCGUGGCCAAGGACAAGUACCAGGGGACACAAGGACCCCCAAAAACGCCUGAGGGAAAGGAGAAAGGGGAGGGGAAAAAGGAAAUAGAGGAAGAAGAGGAAGAAGAAGAAGAGGAAGAUGAAGGAAAGGAUGAGGAGGAUGAAGAAGAUGAAGAGGAGGAGGAGGAGGAGGAGGAAGAGGCUGCCCAGGCACCCCAGCAGACCCCAAAAAGGGGAUCAGGGGCCAGAGCUGGGCUGGGGCAUAGGAAGAAAAAGAAGGUAGAGGAAGAUGAGGAUGAGGAAGAUGAAGAAGAGGAAGAGCAGGAGGAAGAUGAAGAAAAAGAUGAGGGUGAGGAGGAUGAAGAUGAGGAGGAUGAAGAUGAAGAGGAUGAGGAUGAGGAAGAGGAGCCCCCCCGCAGGCGGCAGCGCCCGUCGGACGUGGCCGAGGGCAGGACGGUGUUCAUCCGGAACCUCUCGUUCGACACCGAGGAGGAGGAGCUGGAGGAGAGCCUGGCAAAGUUCGGGGGGCUCUGCUACGUGCGGCUGGUGCUGCACCCCAACACGGGCACCCCCAAAGGCUCUGCCUUUGCCCAGUUUGAGACCCCCGAGGGGGCCCAGAAAUGCAUCCAGGCUGCUCAGGAGGGGCCCGAGGGGGGGGGGCUGCGCCUGGGGGGGCGGCAGCUGCGCGUGGACCCCGCGCUGAGCCGGGAGCAGGCGCGGGGGCUCCCGGGGGGCUCGGCCCGGCCCCGAGGCGGCACCAGGAACCUGUACCUGGCCCGGGAGGGGGCCAUCCGGCCGGGCUCGCGCGCUGCCGAGGGCGUCAGCGACUCGGACAUGGCCAAGCGGGCGCGGUUUGAGGAGCUGAAGCGGCGGCGGCUGCAGGACCCCAACGUGGCGGUGUCGCGGACGCGGCUGUGCCUGCACAACCUGCCCAAGGCGCUGGACUCGGCCCGGCUGCGCGCCCUGCUGCGCCAAACCCUGCGGGGCACCAGCAGCCGUGCCACCCCGCGCAUCACCGAGUGCCGGGUGAUGCGGGAGCUGCGGGGCCAGGGCAAAUCUUUGGGGUUCGCCUUCGUGGAGUUUGGGGAGCAUGAGGAGGCCCUGGGGGCCCUGCGGCGCCUCAACAACAACCCCGAGCUCUUCGGGGCCCACAAGCGCCCGAUCGUGGAGUUUGCGCUCGAGGACCGGCGGAAGCUGCGGCUGCGGGAGCAGCGGAUCCAGCGGGGGCUGCUCAAGGCCAAGGCCAAGGCGGCUGCAGGAGCCCCAGAGGGUCCCCAGGAAGGCCCGGACCCCCCCAAGGCACAGCCAGCGCCCCCCAAGGGGCACCCAGCGCCCCCCAAGGCACAGCCAGCGCCCCCCAAGGCACAGCCAGCGCCCCCCGCAGGCUCGGGGGCCCCCCCGGCCGCCCCCCAGCCCCCCUGCGGGACCCCCUGGGCCGGGUUCCGCACGCAGGGCCCGGGGCUCCGGGGGGCUCCCGGCACCAGGGUGCUGGCCCUGCCCUCCCACCGCGGGCCCAAGAUCAGGAAACGGGACAAGGCCAAGAAGGCUCAGCCGCCCCCCAAGCCCCCCAAAGCCCCCAAGGCCUCUCGGCGGCGGGAGAAGCCGCGGGUGCCCCCUCCCCAGGGCCAGCGGCGGCGCCGGGGGGGCCCCGGGGGGGCCGAGGCGCGCUUCCAGGAGCUGGUGGAAAGGUACAAGAGGAAGAUUCUGGGGAGCAACCCCCCCACGGCCCGGGGGGGAAAGUGGUUCGAGAGCUGAGGCUCCCCCAACCGCGCCCCCCCGGCACCCCAAAACCCCCCUGGGGGUGCCGGGGGUCCCGCACCUUACAGGGGGGUUUGGGGCGCUGCCCCCACGUGCUCUGGGGGGGCUGGGGGUGGGACCCUGCCCUGGGUCCCUCCUGGCUCCCCCCAGGAUUUGGGGGGGCUCCCCCCCCACCAUGGCUCUGUGUCUUCCUGGGUUGUAAUAAAAACGGGUUGUAAUAAAAAUGGGGGUUUUUGAGGAAAA